AUGGUGGAGGGCUGGGAAGAAAGAAUUUCAGUUUUUAAAGAGGAGAAACACAAAGGGGAGAUUGAUAAAGUUAAAGCUGAGGAUUCUGAAGAUUUCUCAGGUGGUCCUGAACUGCAAAACCUUGAAAUUGGAAAUAUGUCCAAACAGAUUUUUGUUGAUUCUCACUGCAGUUUACAGUAUUGGGACACAAAGGAGGGACAACUGACUACCCAGCAGAAUUCUGUGGAACUGAAAUCUGAGCUACCAGAGUUUGAGGAUAAAAUCAAUAAAGGAGACAGUAGAGAAGAAGAAGAUGAUGAAAAGCAGCAGCCAUCUGGGAGUGCAGGAAUAAAUGUUCUGGAGAGUGGCAACUUCUCUCCAUCUUCAUUUACCGAGACUUCUCUUCACUGCAAACUGCAGCAAAAACAGGACAAAGAGAAGAUGAAGAAAUCAACAAGAGGAUCUGAGAAUUUGACAGAAGCCUCUUUCCAGUGCAUUUCUUUUCCUGUAAGAGUCGCCAUCAAUACUGACCAACAACAAGAAUUCACUGACCGUGGCUCUCUACAAAGUCAUACAAGAAUUCACACUGGAGAAAAGCCGUAUUGCUGCUCAGAAUGUGACAAAAGAUUCAUUAAACUCAGCUCUCUUCAGAGCCACAAAAUAAUUCAUACAGGAGAAAAGCCAUAUGGUUGUUCUGAAUGUGGCCAAGUAUUUGCCAAUUUUAGCAGUUUCCAAAGACAUUUGCGAGUUCAUACUGGAAAAAGACCAUUAGCUUGUUCUGAGUGUGGGAAACAAUUUCUUGACCAUUAUGAUCUUCAGCGACACAGACAAGUUCAUACUGGAGAAAAGCCAUAUGGCUGUUCUGAUUGUGGGAAACAAUUCAGUGACAGUAGCCAUCUUCAGAAGCACAAAAGAAUUCACACAGAAGAAAAGUCAUAUGUCUGUUCCAAAUGUGGCAAAGAAUUUCCCAGAAGUAGCUCUCUUCAGAAUCACAAAAGAAUUCAUACAGGAGAGAAGCCAUAUGUUAGUUUUAAAUGUGACCAACAGUUUCCCACAAGUAGCAGCAUUUAG